CAUUUCUAUUCUUAAUUAUUUUCUACUGUAAAUUAAUUAAGGUUUCUUCUUGGUGUCACAUUCUUACAUUUUCGUUUAUAUCAUAUUAUAUACAGUCGGUAGUUUGUCAAUUUUUAAUUGACACUUGUGCUCUAUAGUUUUUAAAUACUGUUUCCAGCACAGCAAAGACAAUCAACAAGAUGGCCAUUACAGUCGAAGGAGUCCAAGACUUGAUCAAAUCAGACAAGGUUGUCAUUUUUUCCAAAAGCUCAUGCCCCUACUGCAAAAUGGCCAAAGAAUGCUUUGAAAAACUGAAGCAAGCAUUCACUGCUAUCGAGCUGGACAAAAGAGACGAUAUGGAUGAAUUCCAAGACAUUCUUGGAACGCUCACCGGAGCCAGGAGCGUACCCAGAGUAUACGUCAAAGGAGAGUUCAUUGGAGGAGGUACUGAUGUGAAGAAACUGUACGAAAGCGGAGAGUUGGCCAAGAAACUGGCUUAAAUUUUCCAAUUGUUGAUUUAAUAAAAAAUAUCUUAGUUUUUUAUUGCAUCUAAGUCAUUGAUCAAUGAAAGAUAAAUCUUUUUUGUUAUUGAAAUUAAUUUACACCAAAACUUUGUACACUCCUUUGUAAUUGUUGAAAUAUCACACUCAGUAUUCCAUCACUGUUUCAAGUAGAUAAGAUAAUUUUUUUUAUGAAAAUGACAAGGAUUAAUUUCCUUCGAUGUAUGUAUUUAAUCACUCGUGUAUUUGACAAAGAUAAUAUAUAAAGUAUUUUCACUCGCAA